GUACGUCUAGUCAGUCAAUGUUCAGGAGUUCAGCAGGCGGACAGCUUGGGGAAAGAAACUUUUGAGGCUUCUGGUGGAUCUGGCGGGGACAGCCCUGUAACGCCUGCCUGAAGGAACAUCCAAGAUGGGCCUGUUGCUCCCAGUCCUUUUGGCUGUGUUGGUUUCCCUUCUUGGAGGCCUCUACAUGUUAGGGAUGUUCCGGAAGAGGAGACCGAAUGAGCCCCCUCUAGACAAAGGCAGUAUUCCAUGGUUGGGUUACGCUCUGGACUUUAGAAAUAACAGCGCAACCUUUCUACAGAGAAUGCAGAAAAAACAUGGAGACAUUUUCACGGUCCAAAUUGCCGGCUAUUACUUCACUUUCGUAACAGACCCACUUUCAUUUGGGCCCAUUGUAAAGGAAGCCAGAACAAAGUUGGACUUUGAGCAGUUUGCAAUGGAGUUGGUGGCCAGAGUAUUUGGCUAUCAUUCUAUACAAAAUGACCACAAAAUGCUUGAGAAGGCAAGCACAAAGCAUCUCAUGGGUGAUGGGUUAGUAGUCAUGACCCAAGCGAUGAUGGACAACCUCCAAAACUUGAUGCUUCAUGACAUUGGCUCCGGGGUUGGUGAAAAAAAAUGGCAUCAGGACGGGCUUUUCAAUUACAGCUACAAUAUUGUUUUCCGGGCUGGUUAUCUUGCUUUAUUUGGUAAUGAGCCAGCUAAAGGCAAAGAAGGCAUAGAAAAGGCCAAGAAAGUUGAUCGGGAAAGUUCAGACAAGUUGUUUACCGAGUUUCGAAAGUAUGAUCGCCUAUUCCCACGUCUGGCGUAUGCCGUUCUUCCUCCAAAAGACAAGUUGGAGGCUGAGAGACUUAAACGAUUGUUCUGGAAUAUACUGUCUAUUAAGAGAACCCUGCAGAAAGAAAAUAUAAGUGGGUGGAUCACAGAUCAGUUCCAAUUUCGAGAAGAAAAUGGGAUGCCAGAGUAUAUGCAGGACAGGUUCAUGUUUCUUCUUCUCUGGGCCUCCCAAGGCAAUACAGGUCCAUCUUGCUUCUGGCUACUUCUCUACCUAAUGAAGCAUCCUGAAGCUAUGGAGGCUGUCAGUGAAGAGGUAAAAAAGGUAAUUAAAGAAACGAGACAAGAAGUAAAACCUGGAAGCCCUCCCAUCAAUCUCACCAGAGAUAUGCUACUGAAGACCCCCAUUCUGGACAGCGUUGUGGAAGAGACCUUGCGGCUGACUGCUGCUCCUGUCCUGAUUAGAGCGGUGAAGGAGAACAUGAACCUCAAGAUGUCCAGUGGGAAAGAGUAUGCCAUUCGUAAAGGGGACAGAGUUGCCCUUUUCCCCUACACAGCUGUUCAAAUGGAUCCAGAAGUGCAUCCAGAACCAGAGAAGUUCAAGUACAACCGUUUCCUAAAUGAGGAUGGCACUAAAAAAAAUGAUUUCUACAAGAACGGGAAGCGGCUGAAGUUCUUCACAAUGCCAUGGGGAGCAGGAACCACCAUUUGCCCCGGUCGUUUCUUUGCUACCAAUGAACUGAAACAGUUUGUGUUUCUUAUGUUGACAUAUUUUGAAUUUGAGCUUGUGAAUCCCAAAGAAGAGAUUCCAGGCAUCGAUGCAAAUCGAUGGGGUUUUGGCUCCAUGCAACCUACGCACGACGUCCAGUUCAAGUAUCGAUUACGCUACUAGCUGCAAAGGAACCACCACUAACCUGUCUGCUUCCCGUAAGGUUUUCAAGGGGAACUGAGAACACAGAUGUUUCAGAGACGGUCCAUGUGAAGGAAAGCACAGUUGAUGAAAGAACUGCAGAGAUGCUGGGAGAAUUUCACCAGAAAAAUUAUAUUAAGCAUCCAAAAGCAAAGCAAACUUUGAAAUAUGCAUUCAACUGGCUGAUAUAUAUAUAUAUAUAUAUAUAUAUAUAUAUACUGUAUAUACAUAUACACACACCACAGAGUAUAUAUACAUAACGUCCAAUUCUGUUCUAGGUAAAUAGCACAGUUCAGAAAAAUGCACUAUGCAGAAAGAAACAGCACUCUGAGGGGUACAUUUACUAAGGUAGGAGUUUUUUUAGAACUGGUAAUGCUGCUCAUAGCAAGCCCUGCCCUGGGUGAAACGUACGUUCGAGGCCGUACCCUAUGUCAUUUCCGGAAUCCCGUGCAGCGCACACGGGGCUGGUUACCAGGCACGGAGAGGAACAUCUUUUACUGAGAGACAACUGAAUGGAGCUGUGACACACGCAUACACCUCAGGUAUCCUAACAUCCUCUCAUUGGGGUGCGGCAGGACCGGACACUCUGCAAUGACCAAAGGGUUAUCAGAGCUGCCGAGCACUGCAGCCUCCAACAGCAGACACGCCACUACUUUCUUCCUACCAGCACUGACCAGUUAACCCUCUCACCUCUCAUUCACUGUGCUUAGACACACAUGAGAAGGAAGCAGAGGUUACUGGAGACCCGGUUCAGGUACAUUCAUCUCUUAGUGAUAUUGGAAUAAGUGCUUACACACAUCAUUUCCUGUGUAACGGGGAACAUUGAGCAAUACAAUUUCUUGUAUAUACCAAUAUAUGGCUUCUCUGCUCUCUCGCCAUUUAUUAAUAUAGUAUAAGCACAAUCUAUAGAAACGUGUCUCUCUCCGCAGGAAUAUUUACAGAUAGUGCCUGAAAGUGUUUAGACCGCAGGCAUGUCCAAACUGCGGCCCUCCAGCUGUUGAGAAACUACACAUCCCAGCAUGCCCUGACACAUCUUUAGCAUUCUUAGAUAGCAAACUGUGUCAGGGCAUGCUGGGAUAUGUAGUUCAACAACAGCUGGAGGGCCGCAGUUUGGACAUGCCUUGGUUAGAGGAAUUACCACUGAAUUACAAUAUUAUCACCCACAAAUUAACUACAAAUUUAAUGACAAAAGAAUUUUCUAUGACUAAUUAACUAUAAAGGAUUUCCAUGUAAUUAGAUUACUAAUACCCCUUCUCCAUCUACGAUGCGGGUCGCAGCCGGGAGCCUGACACGGGUGCUACCCGGCUGCGACCCGCAUCGGCCCCUUUCCCAUCAGCAGUCACCAUCCCGGCAUAUUGGCGGGUUGGUAACGCUGCUGGUGACAUGGCAGGGGCGGCGCUGAAAGAUCACAUGAUCUCCCAGCGCCGCCCUUCUAUACAGUGUAAAUGGGAGCCGUGUCUCAUCAACACGGCUUCCGUUUACACUACACCUUACCCGGAUCAUUCCCGUGUCCUACCCAGGUAGCUACCCGGGUAGGAUUCACGGGUCACUUGAUCUGGGUUUUUCCUGAGGGAGCCGUUUCCACUAGAAAAAAACACGGAUAAAUGUGCGCCCCCGUGCAUUUACUUGUGUUUUUUGAGCUAGUGGAAAAGGGAUAUUAGAGGCUCAUAUAGAAACUUUUUCUUGUAUAACUAAUGUCCUCUUCAUUUUAAUAGUAGAAGUUGCUAAUCUGCGGAGGAGAUAGGAACUCUCUGUUUAACUCAAAAACUUUUUUUUUAUCUAUUUAGUACGAAAUAAAAGUUUUAUUUUAAAAAAUAACAAGACUUAUUAUAUACAAGAGUAUCCCCACAAAGAGGUUAACUUUCUGUCUCCCUGUUCCUAUACAGGGACAACCUUUUGUAAUAUUCAUGUCAUUUUCCUCAGGGGAGCACCACCAACACUUAUACAGGCACUUAUAUUACGAUUUAUAAAAAUGAGCUCUAUAGUUGGUUCUUAUACACAAUUGAUAGAUUGCUGUCAUCAGCUGUGCAGGAUCACCCUAACUCUUUGCUAACAUAAUGAGGGUAAGUCAACGACUAAAGUUUCUACAUACUACAGGGAGCUGUAUCACGACAUAACUCUAGAAACAAAUAUAGUCAUAGUUGUAUGUAAUCAUAUAACAAUGAAGUUAAACUGUAGCAAAUUGUACAUCAUAUGUUACAAUCUAUUUUGUUAAUGCUUUAAUAUGGCUUUAAUCUUAUUAUUGAGUAAAUUCUAUUUUAAUAAAACAGUAUUCCAUGUGAAAAUCAAA